ACAUGGAAAUGUCAAAAAAUUGUUGGGGAAGUUUGAAAUUCCAGUGGACUGUGAAAUUAUUUUUAUGAUAAAUAUGAUGUAGGGACAAACAAUCCGCGUAAAAACACAAAAAAUUGCUGGAUAAGUAAGAUGGAAGGGUGUGCAACAGAUGGGAGCCCUCCAGCCACUUGCGAGGAUACCCUGAAAGAAAACGACUCGAUUGUGAACUUCCAAAAAUUUAUUUACGAACUUUUUGAGAAAAACGGCAUACUGAAUGAUCUGAGGGCGUAUUUGCGGGGUCACAUUAUUGAUGUAUUGAAGAGUUCGCAAACCGGUGAACCUCCAACUUGCCAAAAACAUUUUACACAACGCUUGGAACUGACAUACCAAGCACUAAACAUGCUCAUAGCCGAGUAUUUAUUACGUCUAGAAUUCAGCUAUAGUCUCUCUGUAUUUGUGUCAGAGAUUCCGUUGGCUAAUAUGGUGUUCGGAUUUGCAAAAAAACUGAUGUUGACCAAUACUGGGGACUUUGGAGACCUAAAAUUCAAGGACAAUGAUGUGUGGUCUAUUCUCAAUUAUUUAGGUGUAAAAUGUGACUCCGAACAUGCUUCAAGUAUUUUAGAAGUUUAUAACAGCAAAGAGAAUCUGCCAUUGCUGCUAUGUAUUUUGAAAUGUAUGCCAAUGUACAAUAUAAUGCAUAAAGAGUCUGCCCCUAUAGAUCAAGCGAUAUCAUCAUCAGACAGCCUGUCAUCAAGCCUGAAGAGCGACAUGCCAGAUGACUGCAAAAUGCAAGCGAAAAGUGCUUCAAAGAUCGGCGCACACGAGAAAUGCAAGCAUUAUGUGUUCUGUAAGACUUGCCAAUCUAGAAUGCACCGGUUGAAAGAGAAGUAUAAGAUGAAGAAGAAGAAUUUAAUUAAGGACAUAAAGUCGUGUGAAACGAACCCUCUAAACGUAGAAACGCUCAUGAAGAACAUCGAUGUGAUGGAGAAGAGCCUCGUUGAUGAGAUGUUCCAGCAGUUAAAGAGUGUUUAUGAAACAGAAGUGGAGAUGAUGAAACAAGAAGAAGAGAAGAAAAUCAAGCGAUCCCUCGCUUCCCACGCCAUACAGCUGGAGAAAAGACGGGACGAGAUGGAAGAAUCUUUCAAAGCGCGCGAAGAAGAAUUGGAAAGGAACGUGCAAGAGAAAAAGAAAUUCUUGUGGGGGCUCGCGCGUGCCUUGCGCGACCAACACGCCAACAUGUCUCGCGCGAUGCACGCGGUUAAAAACGAGACUGAACGGCUCACUGCAAAGGAAGACAGUUUAAAAUCCCAGCUAUUAGAAGCCGAAGAGAUUCUUCGGAAACGUGGCGAGGAGAUGCGCAAACAGAUAUCCAGCGAGCUGAUGAUCUUAGAAGACCAUCUCCAAUCCAUGAAGAGAGAACGCGAGAGCAUACACAGAGAACGUUCCGAACUGGAGAAUUUGAAAGCCGCUUGUCACAGCAGCUCUGCGAUCAAAAUGCAAGAUUUGAACAACGAAGAAUUACGAUCUCACUACGACUUACUAAAGAACGAAUUGACGAUCCUAAAAAAGUAUUUGGAAUCGACGAAGUUAGAGCCUAGAUGUGUGAUUGAAAGGAGCACUCUGACGGAGCUUAGUGACGUCACCUCGAAGAUUCAUCUGGUGUUGAAUAAUGCCCAUGACGUAGAGAGGGUCCCGCUGAAGACCGACAGUGAGGAGAGGAUCAGAACUCCGAAUAAAGUCGUCAAUGACUUGAAGAAACAGAAGAACGUCAAUUUUUGCACGUCGAACGUAGACGAGCUAUACCGCGAGAGCGCCCGCGACCGCGACCGCAGCCGCAGCCGCUCGUCGGCCUCCAGCGACGCGGGCGACGUGACGGGAACGGGACGGGAACGCGACGUGCUGGCUGCGUUACGGGAGGAGAAUGACCGGCUCAAGACUUUCGCUAGACAGCAAAGGGAGCAUAUUGAUGAGCUAUCUUCGCACCAGGCCCGUUUGCAAGCAGAGUUGACGGCAGCGCGCUUUCAAGCCGCCGGCGCAUCCCGUCCGAGGACCGCGCCCACUUUAAUGCCCGCCACGCCCUUUUUGGAGAGACUAAAUACGAGCGCCAGUGUGAACUCAGUAGGCUGGCGGAAAGGCGCUGGUGAAGAGAUCAGCAUGUUCUCCAACGCGCAGCCGCGGAUUCUACUACCAGGGGACACAUUGCCCUUUGUGGGGGUUUUACGAGACCGCCACAAUGACAACAGAAGGUAUUUAAUAAACCAAUGGCGUGCCCUCCGUCGCCGCAUGUCUCCGAUAGGUGGCGUUGGUAAAGUAAGGAACCCCGUAGCGGUGCCGCGAGAGAGAGUUCCAAGGGAGCCGAGACAAGAAUUCAAUCCAGUGUUAUCAAGCAUAACUACAAGGACAGCCCCUCUUGAAUCGCAACCCCAAGAAGAAACAGAAGACAUGUCUCAUAUGAACAGAACGUUCACAUUCCAAGCAUAUCCACGAGAAAGACCAAAAACAGCAAUGGUAACAGAACACCCACACCAGUCAAGAGAGAAAAGUCCGAAAACUGUGUUAAGAGAAGCCAAGGAGAAACUGAGGAACCAAAGCUACACCAAGGAUAACACGCCGACCACGACACGCGAAAAGAGCCCUAGUGCCGUGCUAAGAGAGGCGAAACUCCGACUCCGCAAGUUGGAAAUAGAAGCGGAGGCGGUCGAAAAGUCGUACUUAGACUUUAGAAAGAGACAGUCAGAGAUGAAACAGGGACGGAGCCAUUUGCCGGAAACUUCGGUUAUCAAUAAAGAUAUUAUUGGGAGUUUAGACAUCCACAGAAGCAGAUCACACCAUAGACCUGAAGAUAAUUACAGAAUGGAAAGCAUACCGCAUUUCACCAUAACUCACGAUGAAAUCGCCUUCAAGAAAGACUUCGAAAAGUAUCUAUGCGAAUACCAAACAAAAUUCAACGCGAGCGCAUCUCACUUCAAAAACGCCAACUCUGUGGUCGGAAAGAGUAAACCAAUACCCGAGGUUUAUUCAAAAAUAGAACCGGAACUAAAGGAGCCGCCAGAAAGACGUGAUAACUAUUUAGAAACUCCGUUGACAGAAUUUAGGAAGUUGUAUCAUUCUCAGAGAUCACCAUCGCCAACAUUGCCCAUAGACAUUCCACGAAGAGCAGGAAGCCCCGAAAAGUCAAUAGAAAUAGACAAAAUUAGUAACAAAGAUGAAGCGAGUACACGAGAGUCAUCAGAGUCUAGAAGCAAGUCUAGCAGAAGUGGUAAACGCCAGAAAAACGAACUAGAAAUAUUAAAAGACAACUUUGGUAAAAUGUACAAUUUGCAAGACAACGCCGAAAUCGAGCAGAAAAUUGAUAGUUCACUAGGAAAAAGCGAAUCUCCGAAACAGCAAGAGAAAAAUGAAACCGAUUUGAGUAUAAGAGAAGUUGAACAAAUCAGCGAAACGCAUAGUCUAAACGUGGUAGAAUCAAAUGCGCAAGGGGAUUUGUUGCUGGUAGUCGAAAGCACAGUCGACACGAGAGAGAUAGAGGUAUCUCAGAGCGAGAUACAUCAUGAGAAGAUAUCCACACAGAUGACUAUAAUAGUCAGUCCAAAACGGAGCGUUCCUGAUGGCAUCAAAGAGUGCCUUGAAAAGUCUCCUCGUACGGAAAGGAGCGUGUCUCCAGAACAAGCAGCCAGAUUGACCCGAAAUGAUGUAUUGGACGCCAUAUUCCACGCAGACGCUAGCAAACGCCAAUCCAGUGUGGAAAUGGAGUUGAAUAUUUCGAAAGAUCUCAUAGAAGAUUCAAUGAGUGAUUAUGAAAAAGGCGCUGAAGAUUAUCCUGACGACUUUUCAGCCGACGUCGACAAUUACAACAGCCGAUCCGACUACGACAACCGAUCCCCUAUCUCGCUACCAAAGACGUCCGAAGACGACAACUUUUGGGACUCCUAAAUUUAUCAGUUCAAAAUAAAACCAAAAGUGAAACCAGUCAUAAUUAUAAUUUAUUUCUCUCUAAUGUCUAUGUGAAUUAAAACAUAAUAUAAAACAUACAUUUUUA